AUGGUUUCUUUCACAGAAUAUAUUAGCAAUGAUGAAAAACAAUAUAAAACAAAAGAUUUAUCAAUUUUCGAUAAACAACCAGUAGGUUGUGGAUUGGGCGAAAAUGAAUUAGAUAUUGAAACCAAAUUAAAUGAAAACAAUAUUCCAACUCAUCUUUAUGUUUUAUAUGAAGCAAAGAUGAAAAUUUUUGAACAUGCUUUACCUCCUUUGGGUGAGAGGUCGGGCUCAAUCAUAUCAUAUCCAAUCUGUUGCGAAAAAUCAUCAACCAGCAACUUUGGUAUCGAAAAGUUUUGA